GUAAGGGGUGGGAGGUGGGGGGAGGGGAGGGUAGAGUUAUUGGAAUUAAAUUUCAGUUUUAAAUGAUGAACACAAAUGUUGCGUAAGAAAACAAAAUCUCGGAAAUCAAAGAUGCAUUGGAUCCAAUUCACAUGAUCAGAAAAAAUACGUUUCAAGUUUACUGUGGCUAACAUGUUCGACCCCACGAACCGAUUUUGGCGUACGAUGUCGCACAAACAGGACGUCCAUGCUACUCAUUUUACUAUAGCCACACACAUUGCUCAAUUAUAUACUGACCCAGUUCGGAGCACAUAAUGGCAUAGCCAAUAGUAGCUAGUUUAAUAGGUUUGCAUGCUUUGGGUCCUGAUAGGCAUAAAGCCUCUUCAAUACAAUAAUAAAAUUCACUACGGUUCUCUUUUUUUGUCAGGAUUCACUAUGAUUCACUUCUAAUGUUGCUUACAAUAUUUUUUAUUUUAUAUAAGAGGAAGAUUCCAAAUCAAAACAUAAACUAAUUGGUCGGGUGAUUGGGGAUCAUGGGAUUUUUUUUUAUCAAAGAGUUAUGCAUUCAUACUAAACGAGCUACUCAGUAGUCAAUAGUUAAUUCGGAACAAUGUUUGCCAAAGCGGCUUUUGCAAGAGCAGCUGCAGUCUGCAGAACAAUUUGCAGUGCGAGGGACAAAAUUAAACACUAAUGAAGAGAAGAGAGUAGCAAGGUUUCUUAUAUCAACAAGAAGACCUUUAAUCUCAUUCAAAUCCGACCCAUUUCAAAGCACAUAGUUACAUAGGCAAUAGUAGCUAGCUUAAUAGGCUUGCAUGCUUGGGGUCCGGAUAGGCAUAAAGCCUCAUCAAUAUAGUAAUAAACUAAUUCGCUUUUUUUUUAAUUGGAAAUUUAUAAAAUUCAUUUCUUGGUUUAACUAUAUUGUUGUUUGACAAUAUAUUGAAUUUAGUUUUAUACAAGAGGAAGAUCCCAUAUCGUUUGACUUAUUCCGAAUAAUUUUUGAAAAUUUAAAUUUUAGGUUUUUUUUUUGAAAAUAUAAAGUUUAUGUAAUACUACUUCGAAUGAUUUAGCUAGAGUUUUAAUUAACCGUUAAGAGAACAUGGUGGAUCUGGACAUUAAAUCAGGAACACAAGCAAGUGAGGAUCGUAUACGUGAACAAGGGCAUGAAAUUUGAAAAACAGAAAGAAAUGGAGAUGAUGACAACAUGUACGUACGAUAAACAUAAAAUAAAUGCUGGAACUAAUCACGAAGAGUACCACUCACUGUUCUGAGAUUUAACCAAAAUUCAUGACAUGAAAGUAAGCAAAUAGUAAUAGUGUCAAAAUGAGAAACAAAUUGUGAACGAAAUGACUACCCUAAUAUAUCUUUCAAAUCGAUCACUAAAAUCACACGAAACUUUUGUAAUCACUAAAAUAUCUUUGCAUUCAUUAGGUAUUCCACUAAAUCACUAAAAUACUUUGCAGUUCAUUAGAUAUUCACUAGUCCAAUUUAUAUUAUCCUCUUGGUAACCCGGUUCAUUAUCCUCUUACGCGGCCUCCUAUUGGUUACGAUACCUUCUUGGAACGGGACAGGUUUAAAGAUAAAGAGUACAAAAUAUUUUAUUUUUUUAACCAUAAGAGUUUUGAUGUUUUUGGAUCAGAAUCUCCUGCAUUUGGAAUCAGUUUUUGAAAAUUAUAAUUUAACAUUCUAUACCAAAAGAUCUAAACCUGUACCAGAAAGAAAUCAACUCUUUUGUACUACAUUUUUAUAAAAUAUAUGUAAAUUUUAGAUAUCACUUUAAUUCUUUUAAAUAAAACAUGUAUGUGGAAAAACUUACCACCAGCUUAUUGUGGAACUUUUUAUUCCUCAACAUUUUGAAUUGAUUGAACCAAAUAGAGAUACACUAUUGAUCACUCACAGGAGCCUAACACAGCCUACACAAUAGGAUCGUGCAUGCCAAUAUGCCAUACAAAAAUAAUGCUAGAACAAGCCUGAAGGAACCCAAACGAACACAGGUCACAUAACACAGAGGCCUACCAGGUUAUCUUAGAGCUACCUUGGUAGAUAGCCAGAAAAGGAGCCAAAUUGGUAAAAGGGAAGAAAUAAAGAAAAUUCUGGACAUAUAGAAAUAAGUAGUGAAAUCACUAAUUGUUUAAAUAAAAAUCAUUAUGGUUAUUUAGGUCGGGUCUCGUCGAUCGAUCCAGAAAAUGUAAAAAACUAUGGUAGACAAAAAUAUAGGAAAUAAACAAAGAUCUUGGCUACUAACACGUGUGGACCGUGAUUACUUACUCAUCACGGCAUCGUCGUCACCUCGAGCGAGUGGAGAAAUUGACACGUUGGCCUUAUUCGGUUAGUAGCUAUUGGUUACAGGUUAUUUUGGUGGUUAGCCCAAAUGAGUGGUCCAAUAAAACAAGCGGGUAAUUCGUUGUUUCUGUUCUGUGAAGCAAAGAGAGAAAAACAAAUGAGACGAUCGAUCCCACAGUUUCCUAUUUUCAAGCUUUCAAUUCAAACCCUAAUAUCCGAUUUUGGCGGUCACACCUGUCGUCUCAAUCGCAAACCUAUUUCUUCUCUCUCCUUCACGAUCCUUCUUCCUCUCUUAAGCUUUAUCUUCUUUCUUCCUCAUAAGGAAAGUGUUUUCCUUUAGCAUCCGAUUGAAGGAAAGUUUGUUUUUGUCUUAAAUUAGGAUGGGGAGAGUGAAGCUAAAGAUAAAGAAACUAGAUAGCAUCAAUGCACGGCAAGCUACUUAUUGCAAAAGGAAAAAUGGGAUCAUGAAAAAGGCUAAAGAGUUGUCCAUCUUAUGCGAUAUAGAUGUUGUGCUUCUCAUGUUCUCUCCCGCGGGAAAGCCUUCCCUGUGCACCGGAGAACACAGCAUUGGAGAAGUCAUUGGUAAGUUUUCUCAACUUGCUCCGCAAGAAAGGGCAAAGAGGAAGUUGGAUAACCUUGAAGCCUUGAAGAAAACAUUCAUGAAGCUUGACCACGAUGUAAAUAUAUCAGAGUUUCUAGAGAGAAGUAAACCAACAGUUGAGGUUGUAAGCGAACAAGUCAGGUUUCUACAAAAACACUUAUCAGAAAUACACACAAGACUAAGCUAUUGGACUGAGGUUGAGAAGGUUGACAGCAUAGACGAUUUGCAACAACUAGAAAACUCAAUAAGACAGUCUUUGUAUCAAAUCCGUGUUCAUAAGGUAUAUAACCCAUAUCACAAAUACUUAGUUAAGGUUUCAUUUCACCAAACUUAUGCAUCAUAUUGGGAACAACAGGAGAACGUGCUGCAACAUCAGCAGCAGCAACUUAUGUCCAUUGAAUGCAAAAACGAGAGUGACAUAGAUCUGGACUUUGGAAUUGAUAUAGAGCAACAGCUUGAGAAUUUCUCAUGGGUUCGUACAGAUGAAAACAUGAAGGCUCCUCUAAAAGAAGAAGAAGACCCUAAUCUGCAGUUUUAUCAUACCUAUAAGGAACUAACGUGCUCCGCAAGUUCAUCUCUUGAGAGUUACUCAGGAUUGUUUGGUAUCAAAACACCAAAACUAGAAACUGGUAGCAUUCCCGGGACAUCGGUUGAUCCAAAUCUGCAAUACAGCAAUCUAAGUUUCCUAAAUGAUCCAAAGCUUCAGCAACUAGCUGAGUGGAACCUAUUAGGAAGUCCUGCAGAUUACUACGUUAGCCAGAUCUUGGAAGCUUCUUAUAGGCCUCAGUUUGGAGGAAACUGGCCUUCUUCUGAGAUGUCAAAUUAUCCUUUCACCGUCUUUGAUGAUCCUCUGCUUUCAAGGGUAAAACAACGGUUUUGCUCAUCUUCACAGUUCUGAUAUUGCAUGUCUUGUUUCGCUGACUGUUUCUGACGUAUCUAAACAUGCAGCAGGCAAACCUAUAAGUAGCUCUGGAAAAACACGAAGCGUUGGUCCGAAAACGGGCCUUGUAUUGAGCAGUCACGAGAAUGCGAAAGAAGCUAGAAUUGAUGAGUUACUAGUGAAACAAAAAAAAAAAAUACUAAAAAUACAGUACCAAAUUGCUUGUUAGGUACCGAACUUGGAUCAUUCAUAAAUUGUAAGAAAAUAUUAAUGAGUAAUUCUAGAUUAUAGUUUGUUUGUCAUUGAGAUUGGAAUUGGAUUUAUUUUUAAAAAAAAAUAUAACAGCAUCAUUAUUAAAAAAUUUAAAAUUUAAAUCUCUUACAAUUAUUUUAAUAUUUUGUUGUUAUCAAAUUAAAUAAUAUUUAAUUGAAAUUUAUAGAAAAUUAGAAAAUAUAUAUACGGUAGCACUAAGAUAUAUUCUUGUCUAAGAAAUAACAUAUAAGGAAAAAGUUCUCAAAGUAGCAUUUAUCAACAAAAAAUAAUUAAUUUAUUUUUUUAUUUGUGUUUAGGUUUAAUGAUUAAGUUUUAGGGUUUAGUAUUUAGUGGAUAGAGAUUAGAGUAAAGUUUAGAUCAUCACUGUUAAAGUAAAUUCUUUCACAAAUCUAUAUUAAUGUCUUUUUGUCAAAUUAUAUUAAUGUUUAGUUAGAGUUUUUGCCUUUUUGGAAGAAUUGUGCGAAUUUUUUUUUUGAGGCUCAACUUAAAAAGCUGCAGCUGAAAAUGAGAAUGUUCUAGUCUGCUAGAUUGCGAUGGGCUUAAAAGGCCCAUAGAUAUAGAAAAAGAGGACGGUGUUAAAUAUGUUGGUUAGCAAUACGAAUGAUGGGGGACCCCAUAGGACUCAUGUGGGUAGUUUUGGGACAAAACAAUAUGUCAGACGAGCACAUGGCUUCGGUUGUUCUGUAUCUCUCGUGACUGUUAGUUACUACGUGCACCUCAGUUCCGAUUCUCUUCUUUUUCUUUUUGUUGUCACGACGUGUUGUUCGCAUUCCAAUUAAAUUAUUAUUAUUUUAGAAGAAAAACACUCUUUAUUGCGAUUUUUUAUUUUUAAAAUAGCUAUAUUUUCUCCGCAAAUUGCUGAAUUUCUUGUCUGCAAGUUAAUGAAAUAGACAAAGACGUUAAAUGUUUCAAAAAAAAAAAAAAAAAAGACAAAGACGUUAAAUAUGGAAGGACGUAUACGGGUUUAAAGUAUUUUAAAGUUACUGUUUUAAAUGAAUACAUUUUUUGUGAUGAUUCUAUCGGCUGAUCUAGUUAACUUUAAGAAUAAGACAUUUAGUAUUACAAAAUAGAGUUAAUAUAUUGAUAUGAAUUUGAAUGCUUUCCGACUAAUAUCAUGCAUAUGUUUAUAUACAUGAAAUCAUAUUUUUUUGUAGCAAAAUUAACAUGUCAAUACUCAAAUACACGAGACAAAAAAAUACAAUACUUAAGAACCGGUGACGAAUUAAUGCUGAGAUUGCCGAAUGACCGAGUUUAGCUAAGAUAAAAAGAUUAUUUAUCGAUGUCUUUAUAAAGUUUAUAGUUUUUUUUGCUUAAAAUUUAUAAAGUUUGUAGUUCUAGAUAAAUUUGCUACCUUUGGAGAAAAGUGAAUGGACGGUUACAACUCGGUGUUUGUGCAUGACGCGAGACGAAUGUCUAUUCCAACAAAAAAAAAAAAAAAAUCACCAUUUAGGUAUUUUAGUUAUAACUUAUAAGUUAGCACGUCGUUAAGAAUUUAAAUUUAAAGCAUCACAUGGCCAUAUAGCUCUUCACAUGCAAUGCAAUACAACUCUUACAAAAGAAAUGGUCGGAAAUACUGUCUUUGUUAGGUUAGGUUAGUUUUCUGUAACUAGGUUAGGUUAGUUUUGACAACUGAUAACUAAUCUCUUUUUUUUAUUUUUGAAAGGAUAACAGUGGCCCAAGUCACCAUAUACCACAUUUGGCGGCAACCGGAACAACCUCCUGCAUAAUAAACAUCUUCUUAACAGCAGCUUCAGUCUUCAGAUUAAUCGAUCGAGAUAUACGGUUCAUCAUCCUCGGAAGAAGGAAUAAGAGGCUUUUCAAAGACCUCUUACUUCUUUGGCUCUCUUAAUCGGAAGAUUAAACUUGCACUUGCGAAUCAUAAUGUAUUUUUAUUUUAUUUUUUGCCUUGGAUACAUUGAUUCUAGGAUAAUUAUUUUGUAAAAUUUUUUUUUUUCAUUUCUAAUGAUAUUAACGUUUUUAGCAACAAAAAAAAAAUAACUGAUAACUAAUCUCAAUUGUUAUAUAUACAUUUUCUUUUGUUUAACGAGAAGACUAUAAUCGAAAACUAUUAACAAUCUUUUGUGAAACGCUAUUUAGAACUUUGCUUUUUCCAUGCAAUCCAUGUGAAUUAUUUUAUAUAUUUCCAAUAAAUAUAUCCCGGACGUGAACAUAGUAAACAAGUACAUGCCGAUUGUUUUUUUACUCUAUCUGGCGAUUUAACACACACAAACUGAAAUAACAAAUUCCCAACAAUCUUUAUAAAAAUUGAAAAAUUCACAACAUAGAUGACUUGAGAAAAUACAAAUCAAACAAUUCUUGAAACAGGAAACUCUCCCUCUUGCUUCAA